UCGUCCUUGUGACGGCUGGUGCUAAAUAUUUUCCAUAUGUGUGAAAAAAAUGUGACUUUACUGUUUUCAGAGGAGCUGCCUUUACGCAAUGGGUUUUCUAUUUAUCCGUUAGUGCCAGUGCCUCUAAUACUUUGGAAAAUCUAUGCAGGAGUAUCUGGACAGCUGUCUGGUGUGCUCCGCAGACUACGUAAGGCAGGUUUGAGCUACAACAGGCUAAAAAUGCGAGGACUUUAUGCCAUUUUAGUCUUUUUCAUCUUUGUCUGCUGUACCAGAGCUAAGAAGAUGCGGUGGUGCACGGUGUCAGAUCCUGAGCAGAGGAAGUGUGCAGAACUCGCCAAAACUCUGGUGGCAGUGUUGCCGCCAGCUGUCGUGGCGGCUUAUGCCAGACUCUCCUGCAUACGAGCGUCCAGCACAACUGACUGCAUCGAUAGGAUCAGGGGUAACCGUGCUGAUAUAGUGACGUUAGACGCAGGAGAGGUUUAUUCUGCUGUGAAGCAGUUUGGCCUUGUUGUCGUCGCCAAGGAGAUCUACAGUGAUGGAGGCUGCAUUCUGUCUGUGGCUGUGGUGAGAAACAGCACUUUGGACAUACGGUCCCUGCAGGGCCUCAGGACCUGUCACAGUGGGGUUAGAUGGACGGCUGGAUGGAGUCUUCCCCUCGGCUUCCUUCUAUCCCGCAACUACCUGAGCUGGUCGAAGGAGCAGCCGCUCAGUCAGGACGUCAGUACCUUUUUCAGUGCCAGCUGCAUUCCUGGAGCUGCUGCCAUGGCACCACCUCUGUGCUCUCUGUGCCAAGGACAUAAGUCCUACAUUCGGCAGAAGAAUUACCACUGCGAAACAUCGCACAGUGAGCCCUUCUACAACAACCAAGGGGCCCUUAGAUGUCUCAGGAGCGGAGCAGGAGAUGUUGCAUUUGUGGACCAUUUAGCUCUUGAAAGUUUUGAAGACAGUGACAGAGACGAGUUCAGAUUGCUGUGCACAAAUGGCACACAAGCUCCUCUCAGCCACUACAGGAGUUGUAAUCUGGGUCGUGGUCCAGGUGGCGGCAUGGUCACCAGAUUUAACAUUCGCAAGGUUGCUCGCAAGUUUCUUAACACGGUGCAGAUGCUGUUUGGCCAACGAGGUCGAGAGAGGCAGCGCUUCCAACUCUUCAACUCAUCUUCCUUUGGGGAAAACGAUCUUCUCUUCAAAGAUGUGACAGAUAAACUCGCCGUUCUUCCAGAUGACAUGGAAGUCAGUCAGGUGUUGGGGUUGGAUUACGUGGCACUCCUCAAAGGCCUCGGACAUGAAGGAAGUUCACUGGAGGACAGCGUGGUGCGAUGGUGCUGUAUCAGCCAUGCAGAGCAGAAGAAAUGUGAGCAGUGGGCUCUGAGUAUAAAGUCAGACCCGCUAGUGUGUGUUAAAGCGGCCUCAAUCCGCGACUGUAUCGAGAAAAUUAAAAGGGACGAGGUGGACGCUGUCUCGCUGGAUGCAACUCACUCUUUCAUCGCAGGGAGAUGUGGCCUUGUUCCUGUGGUUACAGAAUAUUAUGGAAGAGAAUGCGUACCAGCCGAAGGAUCGACACACUUAGAGACCGAUGUGUUGCCUUCAGUGGUCGGUGUGGCGGUGGCAAAGCGCUCCAGCAGAAGCAUAUUCAUCGGGAACCUCGGAGGCCGUCGCUCUUGUCAUGGACACAUGUACAGCCCGGCAGGCUGGCUGCUGCCCUACAGACACACGUUAAGCCUGGAGCACAACAGCAGCUCCCCCUGUGAUCCAGACCAAGUGUACAACCAGGUGUUUUGGAAAGGCUGUCUUCCCGGCUCUCAGGGGAAUCUCUGUAAAGUGUGUAUGGGAGGCACCGGGGAGGCUGCCACCAAACGCUGCGCUGACAACCACAAUGAGCGUUACUAUGGCAACAUGGGAGCUCUAAGGUGUCUGGUUGGAGAUCCAAGUGGUAAAAGCUACGGGGAUGUGGCCUUCCUCGAGCAGCACAACCUUCAGGCCAACAUUCUCAAUUUGGGUUCCACUGGUUGGGCGGAUGGGUGGGCGUCAUCAGAUUUUGAGCUGCUGUGUGGUGACGGUCGCCGGGCCCCGCUGUCAGAGUGGGAGAGCUGUAACCUCGGAGUCAUCCCACCGAACACCAUCAUGACACGGCCUGUACUCACGGCACGAGUGUACGACUUCCUCAUGAAGUCACAGGAAACUUUGGCAGCCAACCCAAACGCAGAGUUCAAGCUCUUUGAGUCUCUGCAAUAUGGAGAAAGUGAUCUGCUGUUCAAAGACGCAACUCAGUGCUUUGUCCACACGAGCCACUUGGACUACCGCUCCAUCCUCGGAGACGAGUUUUACAAUCACGUAGAAACUGUCUUCAACUGCACACACUCAGAUAUCUUGGAGUUUUGUAAUCAGGACGUGUGCAGCAUAUUUUAAACGGACACACCAAAGUAAACAUUACCUCUCCCUGCGCUGCUCAGUGGUUUCAUCCUUCAUCCACAUCUGCAAAUCAUCACUGGUAUCAUCAUGUUCACAGCAGAGAUUAAAGUCUUAAACUCUGCUGUGAACUGAAGAGAUUGGUCUCUUUAACAACUGCCACAUGUUCUUGUUUAAUAAACACAUUAAGUGAUAAAGAAAAAACCCUCAGGCUCAGCUGUCAUUAUAAACUUACAAUGACAUAAUGAAAACACAUUUGCUUUGAAACCACCUCCUGCUAUGACUACACUUGUAAACCAACGGGUGUAAAAUCAAUGUGUGUAUAAAAUGUAAACAUGUAAAUGUUCCAAGUUUUGACUCAAAUGUUACAUUUUUACAGUAAUUGUAUCACUCUGUUUGUUAAGCAAUUUCAAAAUGAGUGUGAGACUGUAGAGUAUUAUGACGUUCGUUUAAAAUUAGCUCUGAAAUAACUGGAGGCUAUACAUUUUUACACAUAUUUUCAGAGGACGUCCACACUAGUUUUUACAGAAUGCUUGUGAAUGAAGCGUUGGUUAUUCAAACUCUGUGUUUAUGGGAAGAAAAGUUUUUUUUUCCUUGUACAAAUUAUGUA